GACCAACUGAUGGGGUUACCUUGGGUGCUUUUGUUUGUAUCUAAGCAAAGGGUGCCCCACAAGCCCAAACUCUACUCCUUGUCUCAAACACCUCAAAUCCAUAGGUACCCAAAACCUGAGAAAUGGACUGCAAAUUAUGAGCAAGCUGUAACGGCUAAAUCCAACGAAAUGAAGUAAAAUCCAAAUACUAAGAAGAAAAAGGUUCCUUGGCGUUGGGUUUUGGGUUUUCUCUCUACAAAAAGUUCUUUAAGAUACUGUCCAUUAUUUGCUGUAACUGACAAACAUGCUGCAGAUGAUAUCUUAGCCGUUCAUCUGCUGACAAUUUCAUUACAUGUUUUAAGGCAGUUUUGAGUUAUUUAUGUCUUUUGUUUCUCCUAGCUUUACCCCACUUCCAUUACUUUGUUUUUACUAGUUUCACAGUUAUAAAUUGUAGCCGUGUAGUUAUAGCUCAUUAGCUCUCCCUCCCUCAGUAGUCAGUCGCUCCCUUCUUUUUCUUCUCUUAUUUUCUCACACCUUUGCCCACUUCCUUUUACUUGUUGCCGUUUUCCACAUCUCACUCUUUUUCUUUCUUUCAGUCUUCUCUUCAGUCUUGAAUCUUGUCUGUUUGAUCAGAAUCAUUUUGACCUAUGGCUUUGCUUAUUCUUCUUCUUCUUUUAGCAGUUGCUCAAGCAAUAGCUGAUGAAGAUCCAUAUAUUGGUGUGAAUAUAGGAACAGACCUAUCAGACAUGCCACACCCAACUCAGGUGGUUGCUCUUCUUAAAGCUCAGCAAAUCCGACAUGUUAGGCUAUACAAUGCUGACCAAGGCAUGCUAGUUGCUCUUGCAAACAGUGGUAUUCGUGUUAUGGUCUCUAUCCCCAAUGAGCAACUACUUGGCAUUGGCCAAUCAAACUCCACUGCUGCUAAUUGGGUCUCUCGGAACAUUGUAGCACAUUAUCCUGCAACCAGCAUCACAGCAAUUUGUGUAGGUUCUGAAGUUUUGACUACUCUUCCUAAUGCAGCACCAGUCCUUGUGAAUGCCAUUAAGUUCAUUCACUCGGCCCUUGUAGCAUCCAAUUUAGAUAAACAAAUCAAAGUGUCUUCACCUCUUUCUUCCUCCAUAAUCCUUGAUUCUUUCCCACCUUCCCAAGCCUUCUUCAACCGCUCAUGGAAUCCGGUUUUGGUCCCUAUGCUCAAUUUCUUGCAGUCUUCAGGCUCAUUUCUCAUGCUUAAUCUAUACCCUUACUAUGACUAUAUGCAAUCAAAUGGUGUGAUUGCACUAGACUAUGCACUUUUCAAGCCUCUCUCUCCAACCAAGGAAGCUGUUGACUCUAACACACUUGUCCAUUACUCCAAUGUCUUUGAUGCUGUGGUUGAUGCUGCAUAUUUUGCUAUGGCUUUUCUAAACUUCACCAACAUUCCUGUUAUAGUGACUGAAACUGGCUGGCCAUCAAAAGGUGAUUCUAAUGAGCCAGAUGCAACAAUAGAGAAUGCCAACACUUACAACAGCAACUUGAUCCGCCAUGUGAUAAAUAAAACUGGAACUCCUAAGCGCCCUGGAAUUGCUGUUAGUACUUACAUCUAUGAGCUGUAUAAUGAGAACAUGAAACCAGGGCCAAUCUCAGAGAAGAAUUGGGGAUUGUUUGAUGCGAAUGGUGACCCUGUUUAUAUAUUACGCUUGACUGGGUCAGGAUCGUUGUUAGCAAAUGAUACUACUAACCAAACUUAUUGUGCUGCAAAGGAUGGUGCUGAUCCAAAGAUGUUGCAGGCUGCUUUAGAUUGGGCUUGUGGACCUGGCAAGGUGGAUUGUUCACCAUUGUUGCAAGGAAAACCAUGUUAUGAGCCAGACAAUGUGAUCGCCCAUGCAACUUAUGCAUUCAACACUUACUAUCACCGGUUGGGGAAGACUUCUGAAGCAUGUGACUUCAAUGGUGUUGCAGAUAUUACAACUACAAAUCCAAGUCAUGGUUCUUGUAUUUUUCCAGGAAGCCUCGGCAGGAAUGGAACCAUGGUAAAUAUCACAGCGCCAUCCAUGAAUUCUACUAGUUCCGAUUCACCACCAGGUCGAAAUUAUGGCAAGGGAGGCUUAACAAGCAUUUUAGUGUUAAUCAAAGUCAUGGUCUGGAGUGUAAUUCUCUUGUAGGGCUUGGUGGUUGGUGUAUUUUGGGAUCUUUUGCAAUUUAUUCAAUCAAAUUCGGAGCGUAAAAAUGGUGGUCACAGGGAGUUUUUUUCUCUUAUUAUGGAGAUAGUGACCUGGUGUUUUAAGGAGGAGUGGCCAUUCAAUUUUGUACAAAAUUAAGAUGGACGAGCCUGACUAGGGAUGGCAUCGGGUCGGGUUCGGGGUGGGUUUUGCUCGCCCCGAA